AUGGUUGAGGACACCUUGGAGGUGUUUAUGUAUGACUUCUCAGUUGUUGGAGAUUCCUUUGAUUUGUGGUUGCUGAAUCUAAGUCAAGCAUUACAGUGGUGUGAAGAGUUUAAUAUGGUCCUUAAUUGGAAAAAAUGCCACUUCAUGGUAAAGGAAGGCAUUAUUCUCAGUCAUAAAAUAUCUGUGAAAGUAACUGAGGUAGAUAGGGCCAAUGUUAAGGUCAUUGAGAAACUACCUCCCCCUAUCUUAGUAAAAGGGCUGCGUAGCUUUCUUGGCCAUGCAGGAUUCUAUCGCAGAUUUAUAAAAGAUUUCUCAAAGGCUGCAAACCCAUUAUGCAAACUUCUUGAAAAGGAGGCCAAGUUCUUAUUUGAUGAUGACUGCAGAUAG